AAGUUGCUGUCAAAGUGAUACGGAUGUUGUGAGCUUAUAUAAAAAAAGUACAAAAUCAAAAGGAUGAUAGGAGCAAGUGUAUAAUUAAGAUUUGGAAGCUUUAAUUGAUUCCAAACUAUUAUCGAAUACUAUAUAUAAUGGUAUUGAUUUUCUAAUGGCACGUUUUAAAAGAUGGACUUCUGGGUCCACCGAAAUUGCUGAUAUUUAGCGCUGGCGGUAUAAAUAAUAGUUAAAAAGUAUUGGUACACAAAAUAAGAAGAAUUAUAAAUGCAUAAAAUAUAUUAUAAAUGAGCAAAUGUGCGUAUAUACAAGUAAUUUUGGCUAUUGAGGAAGCGAAACAACUUUGGACUGGAUGCAAAAUUUACAUACCUAAACACAUACAUACAUAUGUAUAUAAACAUAUAAGUAUUUAAAGCGUCAAUUAGCUUAAGAAAUCCGAAUUAAUAUAAAUACAGAAUACAUUGCAAAUAUACACACAUGUAUGCUUUUCGUUUGUUCCUCCCCGAAUGGAUUGCCUUGAUUGAAUGAGAAUUAAGCGUUUAAGUGAUAAUCUUAAUUUAUAUCUUUAUCUAAUGCACAAAGAGUAAAAGGGGUUAUGGAUAUAAAUUACAAAAAUGCUAUGAAUUUAAACGUGGUGUAACGUUAAAUCAAAUUUCACAAAUAUAUAACUGAAAUAUUAACAAUGCAAAAAUGCAAUAGUGAAGAGCGCAUCGAAAGCGCUAACUCUAGUCCACGUUUACCCCACAAACACUUAUCUAUAUUGGGAUUUUUAACAAAACGUUCCAGUAAAAUAGAGCCACAUCCAAGAGAUGGUGAAUCAAAGAAACAUAACAAAUCAACGGACUAUUUGCGUCCAUCAUCCGCAUGUGCAAACUACUUUGAUAACACUAGUCAUGAUGUGACCUUCGCCAAGUGUUCAGCUGAGCGUCAACGUUCACCCAUUUCGCCGCAAAAACAAAAUGGUCUAAAAAAUAAUAGUGAUGCCUCAAAAACCAAGAGUAAAACGCUACCAGCUGGUGGCAAUUAUCUAGGACAACCAUAUAACAGUAACGCUCUAAACUCAAACUCACACGCGCGUAGGCGUAGCACUGAUGGCUCACAAAGCGAUAGUGGCGCUGCAGAAGUAGUGCUGCGAAAGACAGCUAAAUAUCGUUCCCCAAAUCAUAAUCGUUUUAGCCACCAAUUUAGUUUAUGUUGCAAAGCAGAAAAGAAACCCAUGACACCGCCAGUGACAGUGCGUUACAACUCAAUACCGGAUCCAGCCAAUACGCUCAAACGUGAUAGCCAAACGUUAUGUUGGAGUUUUAUAGAUAAUACAUCGGUUUCCCUACAGUCGUCCGAUGAAAAUUCGUCCAUGCAAUUGCCAAAAGGUGAUGCUAAUUUGACAAAUAACAUAGCAAGAGUGAAUUUAACGGAAUGUUCCAGUGCACCAGAAUCUCCCGUUACGGCUAAGGUGAUGUUUACAUCUUCGCAUAGCAGUCCGUCAAAUGUAUCACUAAAAAGUGGCCAAAGUGAACAAGUGCCAACAACAAGUAAUGAUGGCGCAAAAUGUAGUGGUCCAAUACGUCCAUUAGCAGUUUCGGCGUGCCGUUCACGACUACGACUGAAACUAUAUCCACCAGGUAAAGAGUUACCAUCGUUAGUGCCUAAAUUAAACGAUGCGCCAGCCAACACCAUAAAACGGGCAACAACACCACAACACAUGUCUUCGCCAAAUAUUGCCAUCCAGCCGGACAUAGCGAGGGAAUUAGAAACGCACGAAGCACAAAAUGUGCGUUUUAGUUCACAUGAAAAUAUACAAAUGCAACGAUUGCAGUCCAGUCAAGUAGGUUUAGCGCGACGUGCGCUACUAAGUGCUCAAGUGUUAAGCCUAAUACCAACGGAUAAAGCACGAGAAAGGAGUUUCAUGGAGGGACAUAUGGGGUCUUCAGCAUUACUGGGACCGGCGGAAUUAGACCGCAUUUUGCCAAAUAAAGAAAUUACGAUCUUCGUGGGCACAUGGAAUAUGAAUGGACAAAAUCCGCCAAAGCAAAUGAAUGACUUUGUACUGCCAUUAACCGUGGAGCAUGUGCCCGAUGUUGUUGCGAUGGGCACGCAAGAAUCCAGUCCCGAUCGUUUCGAAUGGGAAGUGACCAUACAAGAGACCCUAGGACCAUCGCACGUGCUUUUUUAUUCAACUAACUUGGGCACACUGCAUUUGGCUAUUUACAUGCGUAGAGAUCUUAUUUGGUAUUGCUCAGCGCCAGAGGAUGCCUCCUUUUCGGUGCGCACCGGUACAGCUUUUCGUACGAAAGGUGCCGUCGCUAUAUCUUUUUGUAUAUUCGGUACAUCAAUGCUAUUCGUUACAUCACAUUUGACCGCUCAUCAGCAGAAAGUCAAAGAACGUGUUUCCGAUGUGAAACGCAUCAUACAUGCGCUUGAUUUGCCAAAAAAUUUAAAUUUACGUCAUAAAAAUAAGGAUGUAACGCAGAAUUUCGAUAAUGUAUUUUGGUGUGGUGACCUUAAUUUUCGUCUUGGCGAACCGCGUGAAAAACUCUUGGAAUGGAUUCAAAAUACGAAAUUUCCACUACCCUCACACUUGCCACACGGCUAUAUGCAUACCGAUCAGUUGUCCUCAGUUUUGUCAGACGGCGCUGCUUUUCGUGGCUUUAUGGAAGCAAAUAUAACAUUUCCACCAACAUAUAAGUAUGAUCCGGGCACCCAACAUUUCGAUACAUCAUCCAAACAACGCGCUCCCGCAUACACCGAUCGCAUUCUCUAUAAGUAUAGGCAGUCACAGGGUUUGGGCAUACGUCGUGGCAGCACGCUAACGCCAGGUGCAAAUGCUCCGCAGCCAUAUGUGCAGUGCUUGCUGUAUGAUUCUGUGCCAUCUAUUACCACUUCGGACCACAAACCGGUCUGGGCGUUGUUUAAAACCCAGAUUCGCGCGGGCUGCGAUUCUAUUCCAUUGGCGGCUGGUCUAUUCCAUCGUGAUAUUUAUUUGGAGGGCAUGAAAAGACGCUUAAAUAAUCAAUAUUCAGGCUCAUCUGCCGUAUGUGCUAUACAAUAAUGUGCGUUAUGAUUGGAAGCUUUAAAAUGUGAAUAUAAAUACUCAAAUACCACAUAAUUAAAUACUUGGCUGCAAUAUAUUUAAGUUAUUAAGUGAAAAAAGUUAUAUUCUCCAGCUGCUAAGUUUCGGUGACUAGUCAUUUAAACCAAAUAUUAUCUAUAAUUUAUAUAAAAACAUAGUAAAUAAGUAGAAAAUUAGAGAAAAUACUAAUUUAAGUACAUUAAUAAAGACAUUGAAUCAACUGAAAUGACAACCAAAAAGCACUAAGUAAUGCACAAAUGUACACUUGCCUUAACUAUUAAAUAUAACGCUGUUUCCUAUUUGAUUGUUUUGUUAAAAACAUAUAUUAUAUUGAACGUAAAAUAAGAUUAUGUCGUGAUUUGUGUUUAAACUACUUUUGUUAUAUAAAUAAUUUAAAUAUUAUUCAAAAUUUUUGACGUUUAAAAUAACUACUAAAGUACUGUUGGCAACCCUAUGCUGUUGUUUGUAAACAAAAACGUGCUUUCGUAGUUGUGUGUUCAUAAUGCUUAGUAAUAACGGUACCUUUUGAAAUGCUACAUACUCAUUUUUCAUAUAAAAAAUAUUUAGGUACAUACUUUAAACAAUUAAAAAUGCUGGCUGAACUUUAACAGCUGAGGCAAACUAGCAUAAAAUUUAUACAUUUACAUAUACUAACAUCAAACAUUUAUACAACUAAAGCAAAAAUAAUAUAAUACCCAAAUAUGGAAUUAUAAUACUUAAGUAUGGAAUUAUAAUACUUAAAUAUAGAAUUAUAAUAAUCAAACACGUAAUUAUAAUACUCUAAAAUCAAAAUUUAAUAAUAAUUUUAUAAUUAAGCUUUAAAAGGCAAACAACCAUGCAACUCAUUUAACAUUCUAGUCAAUUCAUUCAAUAAUUUUAGUUGUGUUAAAAAUGUUUACAAUCAAAGGAAUUGUUUAUAAGCCGUUCAGAUAGCCACUUAAUUGAGUUAAUUAGCAAAUUUUCGCUAAAUAAAUAUUUUAUAUAAAAUUGAGUCAAUUAGCAAGUUUUUUUAUGUAAUUAUUUUUUUUUUAAUUUAUAUAGCGCAAAACUUGCUAAUUGACGCAAUUAAGUGGCUGCCUUUAGUUCUUAUAACAUAAUUAUUUUACUAAGCAAAAUAAAAUAUAAAAUUUGUGAAUAUAUAAAAUUAUGAAUUAUAUUAUAACAAUUAGUGAAAACGAAGUGCUUUAUAAAACAAUGCUUUGUUGCCUAUUAUUAUUACUAUACAAGUAUAUUAUAAAGUAAAUCGUAUUAUAAGCAUAUGCUAACAGUAAAUCUCGGCAACUAAAACCAAAGACAUCUUUCAACAAAAAUGUUUAUAAAAAGGCUAAUUAUUUAUUUGUUAAACUUAUAUUUUAUACUUAUGAUACCAUUUACGUAUGUAUGUAUGCUUUGCAAUAAUUGUUAUAUUUAUUUAUUUGUUGUUUAAAAAAUUGUUGAUUUUUUUUGUGUUAUGUAGUAUCACUAUGUUAUAUACAGAUGAUUGUGAUUUUUACUCUUAUUUUUAACGCUUUUAAUAAACUUUCAUAAAACAUA